AUGUUGGCAAUGUUGGAUGUUUUUGGACCUAAUAUAUCUACCGCCGGCGGAGCAGACUGGCAACGCCAACGCAGAGUCACCGGCGCGCAAUUCAACGAUCACAAUAGCUGCACCGUAUGGAUCCAAGCACUCACCCAAGCAAAUGAAGUACUGCAAUACUGGAAAUUAUUACCAACACCCAUUCGUCGCACUCAUAAAGAUACGAGAACACUUUCUCUGCAUGUAUUAUGGGGUGCUGGGUUCGGGAAGCCGUAUUCGUUUACAAAGGCGGCGGAAGCUCCUAAGGAGGGCCAUAUGUUCAAUUAUCGGGAUUCGUUGGCUUUGAUUUUGGAAAAUGCUUUGAUGAUUUUAGUUUUUGGACCGAUAUUUCUCGGCAAUAAAUGGUUAUCCAAGCGAUUUAGUCGUUUAGGUCAAGCUUGCGUGGAAUUUAGGGAUCAUAUGGAGACGAUGGUGAGAGAGGAGAAAGAAGUCAUACAUCGGGGCAAAUCUGGGAGUCGGAAUCUCAUUAAUUCGCUGAUCAUGGCGUCGGAUGAAAUAACUCAGUUGUCGGGAGAUAAGAGGAUGAGUGGAAGAGGAUUAACACAAGAUGAAGUGUACGGUAAAAUCUUUGUCUAUAAUUUCGCUGGGCAUGAUACUAUGGCCAUCAUGAUGAAUUGGGCUUUGUAUCUGCUUGCUGCCAAUCCGGAAGUUCAGGAAUGGGUACGCGAGGAGAUACUUGCUGUGGUUAUCGAUGAUGACGAUGAUGAUGAGACUCAAUCGAAAUAUCAAGAGUAUCAUCCGAAAUUGAAUCGCUGUCUAGCUGUUUUGCUCGAAACUCUUCGCCUCUUAAACCCCCUAAUAGGAAUCGCUAAAUCAACAGCUGUGGAACCACAACCUCUUACACUUAAUGGAAAAACCGUCAUCAUCCCAUCAAAUACGCGUGUAAUACCUAAUAUUAACGCGAUGCACUCCCAUCCGAUAUAUUGGGGUUCAGAUGCACUCAUCCGGCGUCCCAAUCGUCGGGUUCUCAGUCAGAAUCUCGACUCCGAAACUCGAAGUCAAGAGGAUAAUCUUCCAAAUGGAUCGAUAAAUCCUAAGUUAACUCCGGAAGAAGAGUUUAUUUUCUCCCCCCAGAAAGGUACCUAUGUUCCUUGGUCAGAAGAGGCACGCGCGUGUCCGGGGAAAAACUUCGGUCAGGUGGAAUUUGUGGCGACGAUGGUUUCGUUGUUUAGGAAACAUCAGAUUGAAGUGGUUCCGGAAAAGGGAAAGAGUAUGGAAGAGGCAAGGAAGAAAGCGGAGAAGAGUGUUUGGGAUAGUGAGAUUGUUUUGUUGUUGCAGAUGAAGAAAUCGGAAUUGGUGGGUGUGAAAUGGGUGGAGGUUGAGUAG